CAGCUCAUGGCACAGACUGUGUGGAUGCUCAGCCUUCUGAAUCCAGAAUUAGGAGCUUGAAGAAACCCAAGGCUGGAGGGAGGAAGAGGCCGCACCACGGGAGGGACGGGACAGACGGACGCCAGCGUGGGGCUGGGGAGCCACCAGGACUUGGGCCCUGGUGGGGAUGGGGAGUGCCCGGCCCAUCCUCUGCCUCCAGCUGUGGCUGUGGGUGCACAGCUCUGCCCAGGAACUUGACCCCGAUGGCAGGAACGUCUGCAGGCUCCCCACUGGCCUGGAGUGCUGCCCUGGCUGGAAGCAGGACGGGCAGGAGUGCACAGUUGCACUGUGCGAGGGGAAGGACGCCUGUGGGGAGGACGAGGUGUGUGUGAAACCCGGGGUCUGCCGCUGCAAACCCGGCUUCUUCGGAGCAGACUGCAGUUCCCGCUGCCCCGAGCAGUACUGGGGCCCCGACUGCAAACAGAGCUGCCCGUGCCACCCCAACGGGCGCUGCGACCCGGUGAGCGGCCACUGCACCUGCGACCCCAACCACUGGGGACAGCUCUGCCAGUUCCCCUGCCAGUGUGGCCCCCACGGCCGCUGCGACCCCCAGACGGGCGCCUGCCGCUGCGAGCCGGGCUGGUGGGCGCCCAACUGCAAGAAGCAAUGUCAGUGCAACCUCGCCAGCUCCCACUGCGACCCUCUGACCGGGCUCUGCCGCUGCCUGCCGGGCUGGUGGGGCAGGAGGUGCAGCUUCAAGUGCUCCUGCAACCUCUCUCCCUGCACCCAGGAGACGGGCAAGUGCGAGUGCAAGGCCGGGUUUUGGGGGCCGGCGUGCCAGCGGCGCUGUGAGUGCGUGCGCGGCUCCUGCAGCCCCGUCACCGGCCACUGCACCUGCGACCCCGGCUACCAGGGCAGGAGCUGCCGGGAGCCCUGCCCGGCGGGGAAAUACGGCUCUCAGUGCGUGCACAGCUGUGGGAACUGCAAGCGCAGCCAGCCCUGCUCACCCGUGGAUGGCUUCUGCCUGGCCUGCCAGCCUGGCUGGAACGGGACUCUCUGCAAGGAUCCCUGCGCUCCCGGUUUCCACGGCGAGAGCUGCCUCCAGCCAUGCCCCCGCUGCCGGCGUGGGGAGCCCUGUGACCCCCAGACUGGGUCCUGCCUGCACUGUGAUCCCGGCUGGACAGGACCCAGCUGCAACAACUCCUGCCCCACAGGCACCUUUGGCGAUGGGUGCCAGCUCCUCUGCCCCGAGUGUGUUGCGGGGAGCUGUGAUCCCGUGACAGGAGUUUGCAUCUGCCAGGCAGGCUACUGGGGAGACAGCUGCAACGACACCUGUCCCGAGGGGUAUUUUGGAGUGAAUUGUUCCGAGCCCUGCCAGUGCUCCCGGGGGACCUGCGACCCUGUGCAGGGUCACUGUGUGCUGAGUUUGAAGGACCACGGAGCCCUUGCAGCCGCCAUCCUUGUCCCUCUCCUGCUGCUGCUGCUCUGUGUUGCCUGCUGUUGCUGUGGAGCCGGCCCAGCAGAUGCUAGAGACAGGGCGGCUGUGCCGGACGACGAUGUGGUGGCCAGGAUGAAGCACCACGUGCAGGGGGUGCUGGCGAACCUCGGUGCUAUGAUGCCCUGCUUCAACCUGGCUGGCUCCAAACUCCCCAAAGUCACAGUUUCCCACCACGACACAGAAAUCCCCUUCAACCCCAGCUUCAUCGAGUCGCCAUCGGCUGCGUGGGUUUCAGACAGCUCCUUCUCCUCCUUUGACACUGACAACGAGGGACCUGAGUACUCUGUCCCUCCCAGAGAAGGCAUCCCGCUGCUGGGGGGGGCUGAGCUGCAGGAUGGGGCAUCCCCCCCUGGGGAGGUGCUCCCGGACCCAUCCGCCUUCGACUCCGAGGAUGUGUCCCAGCCCUUCGCCAUCCCUCGCACCUCCAGCAUCGCCAAGGCCAAGCGACCCUCCGUGUCCUUUGCCGAGGGGACAAAAUUUGGGGCAGUGGAGACGCCCAGCCCCGGUCGGAAGCCCAAGACCCCGUGGGGCCCAUCCAAGCUGACCCAAACACCAGGGGAUGUGGCAGCUGAACCCCAGAGCGAGCGACCAGCCAGUGAUUGCUACGAGAACCCUGAGCCCCUCAGCAAGGGGGAGGAAAGCCACCGGCCAUCGCCACGGGCCACCCCGGGGGGACGCAGGAGGGUGAUCUCCAGCACCAGGCACGUGGCCCAGAGAGUGGAGGCACUGGAAGCAGCUGCAAAAUCUGGCAGCUGGGAGGCGAAGGGGAAAGAACCCAACGUCACCACCAUCUACAUGAUGGUGGGAACGGCUGGGCAGGACCCCAAGGCGGAAGGAGGCGGCGAGGGACCGGUCCAGGCUGUGCUGAAGCGUCUGGGCAGCUUGCAGAAGGGCAAGUGGGCUGCCAAGGAGGAGCCCAAGGUGAGGAGGAGCAUGGAGGCCAUCCAGAAACCACCCCGCCGGGCCCUGGCGCAACGCAGAGACUCUGUGAACAGCUGCAAGCAGAGGGAGAGCGUCCCAGGGGCUCCUGCCGAGCCAUCCCCCAGCAAGCACCAGAAUCUCCCUGCGAAGAGACUGUCCCUCCUUCUUGCAGCUCUCUCAUCCAAAAGCACCGGAGCCCAGGACGGGGCCAGCGAAGCUGUGGGUGCCACUGAGAGGGGCAAAAGCCCUGAGUUAGUUGUCAGCCUCGAAACAAAGGGCCAGGCUGCCAUGGAGGAAGAACCCAAAUAUGAGAAUGUGACCAGCAGUGGUGCCAAUUCACCCUCCAGCCCUGGCAAGGAGCUGCUGGCCACCCCUGCAGCCACCUGAGCCACCACUGAUGCCUCCAACCCCAUCCUGGGGGGAGCUGAGAUCCCCCUCCGAUCUGUGAACUGGAGAAGCAUUGAGCCUUUCCCUGAUCCCCUCUCUUCCCUCUGUGCCUUGUUGCUGGACCCUCGCUGGCUGGCACAGCCGGUGAGGCGGGUGAUGUCAAGAGCCACAGCGGUGGCAGCCUGGGGGAUUGUGGUGCUUCAGAGCUGUUUUCCUGCUCCCCCCUGCCCUACCUGCCACGCUGGUGUCUGCAAAGCCUGGGGCCACAGCGAUGCUCUGGAUGUGAUGGUGACACCUUCAAGUCCUGGGGACAUACAGCCUCUUAAACAGGAGCAGGGCUGCUGGAGGCUCAGCUGGGAAAGGCACAGGCAAAAAUCAAUCUCACCCCGUUGGCUUUCGCUUUUCCCUGUCCCAAUUCCAGUGAUGCUGCUCGGAGCCUCUUGCUGUAAAAGGUGCUUCUCGCUGAAGGGGAUUAUUUUGUGGAGCUGGGCUGAGGAGAGAGAAAAUUAAUUUUAGCUGCUUAUCUCAAAGGGUAUCUGGGUCUGCAGGGGUUUAUCUGUGUGGCUUCUGUGGCAGGCCCUGGCUACCUUUGCUUCCACUUACUCAUGCAGCUCAUGGAAAGGCUUGUGGCAUGGCAUGGGGUGUAAAACUCCACACAAUACCAAGCUGCAGCCAUGCGAGAGCAAACGUGGCAGCUGGGCAGUGCCCAUCAACCUGCACACCCAGCACUGUGCUGGUCCCAAUAAGGACAAAAGUUGCACGGAAAAUGGGAUUUCCACGGGUGCCCUGAGCUCCUGUCAUCUCCCACGCCUCGUUCCUGCUGUAAAGGCGGUUGAGAUGUCCAAGAGGAUUGCAGUGUGAUCUGGCUGUAGAUGUGUCUAAGUGGCAGAAGGUUUAUUGUACAUUUUUCUGUUAUUUUGCAUGUGGCAUGAAAGCCUUGGAAUGAAAAUUAAAUGUUACCAAACCCCUUCAGGA